AUUCAUCCCAACCUCUCCCUAACCUCCAUACAAGACACAUCUUUCACUAAACUACUAAAGUCUUUUACAUUUAUAAAUCUUCUUUGUUUCUACUUUCGUCUGUUUUCGUUAUAAAAUUAUAUUCUUCCAAAAGAAUAUUUUGUUUCCUGUGAUUUUCUAGAUUAAUCGAACAUGUCGCUAGACGGAUCAGGAUUAGGAGGGAUGGCUAUGGCGGAGGCUUACACGGCAAGGAAGUUUCACAGAGAGAACAUGAAGAUUUUAACGGCAAGCACAGCCACAACCGUCGGUGGAGGAAUAGGAGACAACGGUGGAGGAUAUAGUCGGUGGUUCUGGGGAAAGCUGAGCACCAAGAAAAACUCGCCCAAAGUUUAUGAUAUUAUAACUAUAGAAUAAUAAGCUAAGAUGGUCACAUCCAAUAUUAAUCUAAGAAAUAAAAAUUUAGGUCUUUUUUAUGCCGGUCUUGUUUUACGUUAUUUUCUGCUUUAUGUUUGGUAUAAGAUUAUCAUAUGAAUUUAUUUAUGGAUAUUGUGGUUUUA